UUUAUAUGCAACUUAAAUUAUUAAUUGAAACAGUAUGUCUGUCUGUUCGAGUGAAUCGGAAGAUGGGCCGUCUUCGGAGCGUACUCUGGCGAUAAUCAAGCCGGAGGCGUACGAUAACGCCGAAGACAUCGAGAAUCACAUACGGGACAAGGGGUUCACCAUACUUGCGCGUCGCGAAGUUCGUCUGAGCCCCGAGGAGGCGGCGGAGCUGUACCGCGGUCACUACGGCCGCCUCCACUUCCCCCACCUCGUGGCGCAGAUGUCCAGCGGCCCGAUCGUCGCGCUGGUACUCGCGGCGAGCGACUGCAUACAGAAGUGGAAGACGCUGAUGGGGCCGGCUAAAGUGAUGGAAGCCCAGGCGUACUGGCCGGACAGCCUGCGCGCGUGCUACGGCCGCCGCACCAAGCACGGAGAUUACUUCAACGGCCUCCAUGGAAGCGAGAACUUGGCUGAGGCGUAUCGCGAAAUACAUUUCUUCUUUCCUUCUAUGGUGGUCGGUCCAAUACUACGUAAAUGGCAGAUCAGCGACUACAUCCACAAGUACCUUGCGCCGACGCUAGGGCCGGCGCUGACCGAGCUAGCCCAUAACAGACCCGCCGAACCCAUACUGUGGCUAGCGGAGAAACUGCGCGCUAGCAACCCUAAUGAACCGCGGAUGGAAAAAACCAGCAAUGUGAAGUGUCAUACUCCUGAACCAUCAGAAGGCUCCUGUGACUGUUCGCAAUAGUUUGAUGUGAAAUAAAGCAUCAUA